CACUUCUCCCCCCCCCGCCGAGGCGCGCGAGGGCCGCCGGUCCGGGGCUGCGCUCUCGCGAGAGUUGCCGGUGGCGGGGCGGGAUGGCGGCGGCGGCGGCGGCCGGGCAGCGCGAGGAGAACGGGAGCUGCGGCCCGCGCGGGGGCGGGGGGAGCCCCGCGGACUCGGACGGGGAGGCGCCCGACUCGCCCUACGCCCGCGCCCGCCGCAAGCUGGAGACGCUGCUCAACCGGAACAUGCGGAUCCGCAUGACGGACGGACGGACGCUCGUCGGCUGCUUCCUCUGCACCGACCGCGACUGCAACGUCAUCCUGGGCUCCGCGCAGGAGUACCUCAAAGCCAGCGACUCCUUCGCGGCCAGCGAGCCGCGCGUGCUGGGCCUGGCCAUGGUGCCCGGGCACCACAUCGUCUCCAUCGAGGUGGAGCUGGAGAACCUGGGCAGCCCCCAGUACCUGUGAGAGGCGCCCGGCGGAGAGACCUGCCCCCCCCCGCGUCCGUCCCCCCCCGCGCCCGAGGCCCUGCCCGGGGGGCGCGGCCGGGCCCCGCUCUGCGCAUUAAACUCUUGGGGAACCAGA